UUCUCCUCGGCUGUAGAGCGAGAAUUCGCUCCGGAGGAAAGUGUGAGGAGGAACACGUUGCUUUCUGCGCAGAAACGUCUCCCGGGCUCAGUCGCUUUGCCCUGCUGCUCCCGGUGGUGACGAUGGUGAAAACUGCGGGCUCCAAGUUCUGCCUCGUCUUCCCGGUCCUUCUGUUGCUGGACUGCACCUGGGCAGCGCCCUGUUUCUGGGCGCGCGGCGAUGCUCACUCUCUUCACUAUGAUUUCAAUGUCACUGCUAAUAGACAACCAUGGUGUAAAGUUCAAGGCCAGGUGGAUGAAAAGAAUUUUCUUUUUUAUGACUGUGGCAGCAAGAAGGUUAUAUGUAUGAAUCACCUGAGAGAGGAUAUUAAUGCUACAAAAGUCUGGAAAGACCAGAUUGAUACACUGUGUCACGUGGGGGACUUGCUCAAACAGCAACUGCCUGACAUCAAACUGGAGAAAUACCCAGACAGUGUUCCUCUCACUCUGCAGGCCAGGAUGACGUGUGAGUGUAAAGCCAAUGGACGCACCAGUGCAUCCUGGGAGUUCAGCUUCAAUGGACAGAGAUACCUUCUCUUUGACUCGAAGACCAGAAAGUAUACAGUGGGACAUCCUGGAGGCGAACAGAUAAAAGAGAAGUGGGAGCAUGACAAGGAAUUGAUGGCUCAUUUCACAAAGAUCUCCUUGGGAGACUGCCAGGAAUGGCUUCCAGCCUUGGUGCACUGGGAGAAACAGGUAGACACAACAGCCCCCACAACAACGGUCCCAAACACAGCCCCACCAACCAAGGCCGCAGCUACAGCUCAUUCCAAGGCCUCGACCGUCACACCUAUUGCCUGGAACCUCCCUCUCUUCCUUACCUGCUGGAUCAUAAUUUCCUCUUCUUGCCUGGUAGGCAACAACCAGCUAUGCAGAGGACACAGAGGCGGAGAUAGAGGUGGGAUCAUCUGGUCACCAGCAGGAAAAUUCCUGCACCCUCGAGGGCAUCCCAUCCCGUUCCUGGUUUUAAUGUGCGAGUCUGUCGUGGUUUCCAUCUGGAACUCACUAUGUGUCAGUCCAGUCCGGUAGCAGAUGCAAGACCAGAAGGUCAAGGCUGAAGUUGGUGCCUCAAGUGUAGAAGUCGAGACAGCGACCUGACUGUGGUGCGAACAGGUUGGUGGUGGAAAUACAAAGGAGACUUUGGGGAGUGUUGGCCACAGGAGUUUGUUCUGAGUCACUGAGUCCCAGUGCCUGGCCAUCUGUGACAUGGGCUGUAAUUCUGCUAAUAUUUCAUACUUCCCCACCUCCCUCCCCUCAGCAUUUCUUCACCCCAUUCUCUUAUCACCCUGUCUUUUCCCAUCUCCAUUCCCACUUUCAGAAUCAUUACUUCUUAUACUCAAAAGGCACAAACUUCCAGUUACAUGGUAAACAAGUCACGGGGAUAUAACGUGCAUUCUGGUGACUAUAGUUAACAACAUUAUAGUGUGUAUUUGAAAGUUAUUAAGAGAGUAGAUCUAACAGUUCUUACUGCUAGAAAAAUAAUUGUAACUAUGCAUAUUUAUAGGUGUUAACUAGACUUACUGUGCUGGUCUCGUCACAAUAUAUACAAAGAUAAAAUCAUUGUGUUGUACAUUUCAUACUAAUAUAAUGCUAUAUGUCAAUUAUGUCUCAAUAAAAAAUAAAAAUAGAAAAAGCAAAAAUGGAAUUUUAUUCUCCAGUUGUUCUGAAGACUAGAAUUUGAGGUCAAGGCAGAGCCAUGUUCUCCCCGGCUUCUGAUUUUCCUGCAGUCCGCCCCUGGCAUUCCGUGGCUUACAGCUGCUUAGCUCCAGUGUCUGCCUCUGUUGUCACCAGGCCUUCUUCCCUCUGUCAAUCUGUGUGUUCACACUGUGUUCCCCUGCCUGCCUUUGUAUGUCUUCUUAUAAGGACAUCAGCCAUACUAGGUUAUUCUUCACCUUACUGACUUCAUUUUCACUUGAUUACACCUGCAAAGACCCUAUUUCCAAAUAAAGUCACAUUCACAAGUACCAGGAGUUAGGACUUCAACAUACCUUUUAGGGGGGACACAUUCAACUCAUAACAGAAGGCAUGUAAUCUAUCAUCCUCCGCCCCCCAAAGAGUAUUUCUUCGUUUUAUUUUUCCUUUUAAAAAAACUUUCUGAGGUAUAAUUGAUAUAUAGCAUUUACAUUAGCUUCAGGUGUUCAACAUUCUAUAUUUGUAUAUAUCAUUAACUAUAGUCACCAUGCUGUACAUGACAUCCCUAUGACAUUUAUUUUAUAAUUGGAAGUUCAUACCUUUUGACUACCAGAAGGAAUAAUUUUUUUAUUAAGAAAAUUUAUUUUUCAAUUAUAGUUGACAUACAACAUUGUAUUAGUUUCAGGUAUACAACAUAGUGAUUGACAUCUAUAUACCUUCCAAAGUGAUCUCCCCAGUAAGUCUAGUACCCAUCUGACACUGUACAUACUUAACACAAUAUUGUGACUACAUUCCCUAUGCGGUACUUUACAUUCCCAGUUACUAUAUAACUGGGAAUUUGUACUUCUUAAUCCCUUUCACCUUUUUUCCGCUUGCCUACCAAA